AUGGACGCGCUGCUCGCCCAGGCCAGCGACCCGUCCGACUGGCCGCCGUCAUGGGCGUUCCUUCGGCCGCUCGACGCAAGCUUGCGGUGCGGGCUGUGCUAUGAUAUUUUUCGCGCGCCCGUCGCGCUGCGCGAAUGCGCGCACGUAUUCUGCUCGUCGUGCAUCCGCACGCACAUCAACCAGCCGGGCGGCUCGGGAUCGUUCUGCCCAAACUGCCGCCAAAAGAAGGCGUAUGAUAGCGAGCUGAUGCCACAGCCUGCGCUUGAGGCGGCGGCAGAUGGCUGGCGCAACGCACGCGACGCGCUCGUCGAGAAAAUGAACGAGGCCCAGACGCUCCAGGACGACCGGGAUGCGCUGCGCGCGGAAAUCGCCGAGGGGCGCGUGCAGGCGCCCAAGCGCGCCGCCCCCGAGGACGAGGGCGGCCGGCGGCUGCGGCCGCGCCAGGCACGCGCCUCGCUCGCCGAGCCAGCGUCGCCAGACGUCGACUACCGCUCACUACAAGCCGCGGACACGGUGCAGUGCCCUAUCUGCUCGCGCAGCUUCACCGCAGCCGACCUCAAUACGCACUUGGACCGGGGAUGCGACCCCAGCGCGCCGCCGAGCAACUGGCUCGGCGCGCCGGCGCACGAUCCUUUUGCGAACGCAAAAAGGCUUACACGCCCACAGUACCAGCUCAAGUCGGAGCGUGAUCUACGAAAACUGCUAAGCUCGCUGGACCUGCCGAGCCACGGCAAUAAAGAGCGCCUGGUCGAGCGUCACCGCCAGUGGGUGAAUUUGUACAACGCCAACCUGGACGCGUCGCCCGCGAAUCGCGAGUCGCUCGCGCGCCUCCGGCGCCACCUCCAGGCGUGGGACCGGGGGCAGGACGAAGUCGCGUCUCACAACAAGGACAAGGUCGUGGCAAACGAACGGCAGUACCAGUCUUGGCUUAAUACCCAUCGCGGCCACUAUGCCGACCUGGCAGCGCAGGCACGCGCCUCGCUCGCCAAGAAACCCACUCCAAGCGAGCCGCCGGAAGAUGCAUAG